AGACAAGGCGGUGACUAAGGCCCAAAGGGAACGCAUAAAUUAGGUGUGAGCGACUCACAAUUUCUUGUUGCUAUAUUUCUUGGUUGGCACGAAGCGAAGCGAAGAAAGAGAGAGAGAGAGAGAGAGAAAAGACGGUAUCGUAUAGGAAGAAACUCUGGAUUCCACCUCUUCCCGUCCUUCGAGACGGUGGUUAUGCUGCUUGCUCGUCAGGUCUCUCUCUCCCCUAUUCUCUCUCUACGUUGCGCCUUUUGUUUCUCUCAGCGUUUCAGAUCCGAUCCGGUUGGUCUGGGUUUGAAUCUUAAAGAUCGUGAUUUCUAUUUUGAGACAUGGAGGGAGUUUGUUUCUGGACAAAUUGCUACCAGUAUCGGUUUUUCGCAUUCCAAGAAGUGCUUGAUUGGCGAUUUUUCAUCCUUGGAGAUUUUCUUCUGGUUUCCUUUGUCAAUAGCACUUAGUGUUCUGCUUCCCUUUAAUGAUCAGCACAGGGUACGUGAUGCUAGUUUCUUCUGAUACAGGUGCUGCAUCUUUAGUGCACUUGUACAAUGCAUUGCAAACCCAAAAUUCAGUUAAAACUGGUAAAUCCUCCUCUUGGGUAAGAUUUCUAUCAUGGAGAACUUCUGACAUCAUCUGUUCAAUUUGCAAAAAUUAAACUAAGCCUGUGUUUGCUUCUGCAGGGAUGAACAUAUAGACUGGUGACUGAAUAUUGGAUUCUGCCUGCAUCUUUGAGUGAAGCAUUUGCAUUGAAUCAGUGCGGACUGUAGUUGUUGCAAUCGUCUCCUUGUUGCUCUUGCUCUUGAGGGGUAUUGUUGCCGACACUACAUCAAUUAGCUGAAGUUUCUGAAACAAAUCCUACAUAGAUUAGAUGAAGUAGACCUUAUUACAGUUCUGGAGUCUUGGGUCACUGUGAUUUUAGCUGGAGUUAUGCUGUUGCGUUGAUCAGUCAUUUUGGUAGGACUUAAGAAGUGUCAGUAUGAUCUCUGGUUCUUGUUCAUUUGUACCACACUUGUCCUGCAACCAUUACAAAGUCGUGAGUGUAUUAAAGAAUAAGGCUGUGCAGCCCUUCCAUCAGAAAGUUUCUGCUUCUAUGCCCUCUUUUGCUAUGACAGAAAAUUGAUGGUGGAUUUUACUGAACCAUUAGGAACCUAUUAAUAUUUUAUAUACCUCUGAGCAUCUACACGAGAUAAAUGCCAUUUAUCUUUUGUGUUUUUGUUUACAUUUGUUGAAUAAAGAAAGUGCUGCUUUGUGUUCCACGGGAACAAUGGAGAGGUACAAGUUAAUUAAGGAAGUUGGUGAUGGAACUUUUGGGAGUGUCUGGAGAGCUAUUAAUAAGCAAACUGGUGAAGUUGUUGCGAUCAAGAAAAUGAAGAAGAAAUAUUACUCUUGGGAGGAGUGUGUAAACCUGAGAGAAGUCAAGUCAUUACGCAAAAUGAACCACCCAAAUAUUGUGAAGCUGAAGGAAGUUAUUCGAGAAAGUGGCAUUCUGUACUUUGUUUUUGAGUACAUGGAAUGCAACCUAUACCAACUUAUGAAAGACAGGGAAAAACUAUUUUCUGAGGGUGAAGUUAGAAAUUGGUGUUUUCAAGUUUUCCAAGGUCUUGCUUACAUGCACCAGCGUGGAUACUUCCAUCGUGACCUGAAGCCUGAAAACUUGAUGGUUACCAGGGAUAUAAUCAAAAUCGCUGAUUUUGGCCUAGCCCGAGAGAUCAGUUCACAACCACCCUACACUGAGUACGUCUCCACACGAUGGUAUCGUGCUCCUGAAGUGCUGCUUCAGUCUUAUCUGUAUACCUCUAAAGUUGACAUGUGGGCAAUGGGUGCUAUAAUGGCUGAGCUUUUCUCUCUUCGUCCUCUUUUUCCAGGUGUCAGUGAAGCCGAUGAGAUCUACAAAAUAUGUGGUGUGAUAGGCAAUCCAACCUUUGAAUCAUGGGCUGAAGGACUCAAACUUGCAAGGGAUAUUAACUACCAGUUUCCACAGCUUGCUGGUGUACAUCUUUCUGCAUUGAUCCCGUCUGCAAGUAACGAUGCAAUUAGCCUUAUCAGAUCACUUUGCUCCUGGGAUCCCUGCAAGAGGCCAACAGCUUUAGAGGCCCUUCAGCAUCCUUUCUUCCAGAGUUGCUUUUACAUUCCUCCAUCCCUUCGCACCAGAGCAGUAGCGAGAACUCCUCCACCUGCUGGAGCCAGGGGAGCACUGGAUCAGCAAGGGGUUAAGAGAUAUUCCGGUGCCUUAUCUAAUUCAAAGCUCCCCAAUAACUAUUCUUCCAUGAAACUACAUCCUUUAGCUUCAGGUGCGCAACGGAAGCUAGAUAUGGUAAAUCAAGAUGGAAUUAAGAACGAAAAAUCAAUGAAGGUUAAACCAAAAUAUCGACAGCCAGGAAAGGACAGCCCAACUUCGAUAAACAAGGGGAUGUCUGCACAUGGCGUUUCAGAAACAGCUGAAAAGUUUACCAACAUGUCUGUUGGUACUCGAAGACAAGCAAUGGUGCAACCCCGUGCGCCAAUGAAGGCUGGAGUCAAUUGGAUUUCUGAAUCUGGAAACUUCAUUCUUAGGCCCGCUCAACAGAUUCCGACUGGAAGAACUUUCACAAGAAAAGUUGCCGGAUGAGAGUAUGAGUUUAUGUGGGAGAUUCUAUAAUGCUCCAAUGUUGUGUGAUUGUCCUAAUAUAAAUAGUGUGUUUUUUGGACGUAUUUUGAUGACCACGGCGAACCCUUAACUACAAAACUAGUAUGGCGUGGGUUAUUACUUAUUCGGAAUCGUUUCGUACUUUUGUACUGGUAUUGCGGGACAUACACAGCUAUCCUGAUGUUUUUUAAUUUAUUAAUGCAAUAUUAUUAAUAAAAGCUUUUCCCCCUACUUAUAUGACUUGGAAUUUCCGACGUAGUAC